CCCUUACGUCCAUGGUGGGUUGUGUUUCCGCAGUUCACCUACUACCAUGUCACUGUGGAUGAGCAGAUAAGAGACGGAUCUUUCAGAGCCACAGGAUCUCAUGUCCGGGGCCUGGUGCUAUCAAGCAGCGCUCCGCAACCACCAUGGGCACUUGUCUCUCUUGUUUGGGCUUGGGAAGGAACGAUGAAGACGAGCACGACCGUGUACGCCUCCUCUACGACGAUUUCGGAAGUAACGGCCACGGAUAUGGGACAUGGAGCGCAGGGAAUGUCUUGUCGCAAAACAUCCUGAGCCCGGAGGAAGUGCAGCGGGAACAAGAAGGACUAGAUAAGAUCACAAAUUCAGCGACCGAUAAAAUCAUCGAGAUCUUUCCCCAUGGCCAUCAUCAUCUGUCCAUGUCGACUUCCCAAAUCAACGGUCACGCUGAAAAUGGUGUGUCACUCAACGGCACAAGUCAUCAUGACAUUCUUUUAUCUCUGAUCCCCGGCGACAAGUCUAAAAGAUCGAUCCGAAUCUAUCCUGUCUCUCGACCGACUUCGAAGGACGCACAAUCAUUGAGGAGCCACAGUUCUUUUCGCGGGCUGAAUGGCACAGGAAGUAGCAGAAUCAAAGAGUCGGGCGUACUGGUCAAACUCGAUGUCAAUUGGCCUUGAAAAUGUCAUCAGUAGUUUGGGAUUGAGGUUUGGUUUCAUCUGCAGGCGAGAACAGCAACAAUGCACCCGGCCGGCUCUCGAAAUAACCCAAAACAGAAGCAGUUUUGGAGAGAGGAUGAAUGUUUCAGAUGGACGAAAGCAAAUCUCGUGCAUCACACAGGUCGAGAAUGUAUCGUUGGACAUAGUCUAGGCCAUGGCGCUGUGCCUCUCAGCACGAGAUGAAACAGGGAAACAGGAACUGUACUACAUGGAAAUUCGGAAAUGCAUGGUGUUUGGGAAGGGGUUUGACGCGAGGAAUGUAGUCAUGGAUGUCAAGAGAAGAUUCUACGUGUAAUUUUGGUAUGAACGACCUGGUGUCGACUUUGACAUCACACGCAAUACAAUAUCAAAGAAGAGACAAAAAAUGGUUCUUGAGGGUUGUGAUCAAUUGCAUUUGUGAUGCUAUCGAAAGAAGAGCGCUGACUAUCUGGGGCGUCUGGCG